UCAUAAUUUUACAGGUUAUACAAAUGUUCGAAGCGAUAAUUGUAAAGGACAUCGAUGCAACGAUGGAAACCGUACCUGUAAUAGUCACCGAAUUGGUUUGUGUAAUAAAAUUGCUGAAUCAUAUCAUCAAUAAAGGAAAGUUCGACAAGUUGUACGAUAUCAUGAAGAAAGAAUGGGAUAUGUUAAGUCUCGACGAGCAGCAGAUUCUCGAAGAAAUCACUAAACGAGGAAGUAAAUUAACCAAUAUAUACAGAAGUACUUUGUUCUAUUUCUCGAUAAUAUUCGUAUUAUUUCCAUUAAUUCCGCCAAUAUUGGAUGUUGUUUCACCGCUUAAUGAGACUCGAUCUCGGAUAGAAGUAAUAAAAUUGCAAUACCUGUUCGACAUGGAGAAGAAUUUUUAUUCAUUAUACGUCUACACUGGCUGGUGCUCGUUCAUGACCAUGAUGGUUAUAAUCACUAUAGACGCGUUAUAUGUGGUAAUCAUUCAUCACACGUGUGGCUUAUUCGCUGUUUGCGGCUAUCAAAUUAAAAAAACAACAGAACAUAAUGUUAUCGGAAUAAAUGGAAAUUCCAUGGAAGAAAUUAAAAAAUGUCUGAUGAUGCAUGCCAGAGCUCUCAACUCUUUCGAUACCAUAAACGAAAUCACUAGCACAUGUUACUUGUUUCAAGUCGGACUUAAUAUGAUCGGUAUUAGCGUGACGUCUGUUCUAGCCUUUAUAAAUCUAGAUCGGCCUGAAGAAUUUGCCAGAAUUGCUUGUUUCCUUAUAGCUCAGCAACUCCACUUGUUAGUCAUUAGUGUACCAGGGCAGAUCAUCACGGAUCAAAGUUCAAAGUUGACCAUUGACAUAUAUAACUCGAUGUGGUAUCAAACACCGGUGUGGAUUCAAAAAAUACUUCAUAUAGUACAAAUAAGGUCUGGCAAACCGUGCAAAUUGGUAGCAGGAGGAUUAUACGAAAUGAACAUUGAGAAUUUUGGAUCAACUGAAUCAUUAUCGAAACAGUUGUGUCCAGUUAAUUGCACUAUCUUCGAAACAAAGAAAGAAGAAAGUGUUGUACGCGUCUUAGAUGGUGUUGUCGAUGUUACAUGUGUAAAGAUGGAUGAACAAGCUCUGAUCACAUAUUUUCACUUGUCUUGGACAACUAUCACUCUUGGGAUAUCUGUGCUUAGCUCAGAAUUGAUAUACGUCCUUCUUAUUCAUCAUACCAGCGGUCUGUUUGCUGUGGCUGGGUGUUACAAUGUUCUGCAGAAAAGCAGUGUGCUCAGUUACUUGUUUCAAGUUGGAUUAAACAUAGUGGGCCUUAGUGUGUCAGCUGUUCAAACAGUGGGGAAUAUAGACGAUCCGACAGUAGCUUUGAGAAACGCUACGGUCUGGGGGGCUAAGCAAAUUCACCUGUUCAUCAUCAGUAUACCUGGACAGGUGCUUAUAGAUCAUUGUGUGGAGCUGUCAAACGACAUGAACGACAGUUUCGUUGAAACGUUCGUUACCACAUAUGUCAUAUUAUUUAAAACGUCGCUAUUCCAGGAACCUGGAAACAUGGCUAGUAAGAGAAAGAGAAACAGACAAGAUCCGUCACAAAGAGAUGGAACCAGGGGUAGUAUUGUAUUUGUAAUGGUGCUUAGUGUGUUAGGCAUUCUUAUUCCGACGUUUAUCGAGAUAUAUGUACAACUUUGUGAGAAGAAUAUGGACGCAGUGAUCGAGUGUUUGCCGAAUGGUAUCGCAGCCGCGACCAGCGUGGUGAAAUUGUUGAACGUUUACUUAAACAGGGAAAAUUUUCAAAAAAUGUAUGAUCUUGUGACAAGAGAGUGGGAGCAGUUGAGGAUGAACGACGAGUUGCAUGUGCUUGAAGACAUUACCAUGCAAGGUGGUAAACUCGCGCAAUUCUACAGAAAUACAUUACUGUCCUUCAUGGUAGUUUUCCUGCUGGUCCCAUUAGUUUUUCCAUUCUUGGAUGUCGUCCUUCCGUUAAAUGAAACUCGACCACGACAGCAAGGAUUCAGAGUUAACUAUCUAUAUUUCGACGAAGCGGACUAUUUCUUCAGCGUGUACUUUCAAUUGGCCUGGGGUGCAGUCGUUGUUGUCAUGAUCAUAAUCACCGUAGACUCGUUGUACAUGAUAAUAAUUCACCAUGCCAGCGGAAUGUUCGCCGUGUGCGGCUACCAAGUGAAAACAGCAACAGAAUAUAAGGACUCAAUCUAUGGCAAUGACAUUUCUGAGAAUCAUACGCACGAACAGUUCAAACGAUGCGUGACUACGCACGAUAAAGCUAUCGAGUUUUACGAUAUUCUAAACGAGAGCAGUCGAAAUAGCUACUUGAUUCAGGUUGGAUUGAACAUGAUGGGCAUUAGCGUGACCGCUGUCCAGACAGUCCUCACACUGGACAGGCCGGCAGAAGCUCUUAGAUGUGCUGUGUUCCUUGUAGCGGAGCAAUUUCAUUUGUUCAUCAUUAGCUUACCUGGACAGACACUCGUGGAUCAUUGUACGAAACUAUCGAAGGAUAUAUACUCUUCCACGUGGUAUAAAGUACCGGCAAAAUUUCAGCGAGUAAUUUACACGAUGCAAAUAAGGGCUCUAAAGCCGUGUGUUUUGACUGCAGGUGGAUUGUAUGAAAUGAACAUGGAGAACUUUGCAAACACAUUCAAAACGUGCAUGUCAUACUUCACAAUGCUGAUGUCACUUAGAGAAUAA